AUGGAAGUUAAAGCAAUGGAAUCCCAAGAAGGAGAAGAGAUUCAUAACUGUUUGAUUAAGCAUAGAGAUAAUCCCAAAAGACGAAGGGAUAAAGUUUACAUUGGCUGUGGAGCAGGGUUUGGCGGUGACAGGCCUUUGGAUGCUCUUCAACUGCUUCAAAGAGUUGAAGAAUUGAAUUAUUUAGUCCUUGAAUGUUUGGCUGAGCGUACUCUUGCUGAUUGA